AUGGGAAAAGUCUACUAUAUCAAUAAAAAUGUUGGCCUUGGAAUGCUCAUACUAGCUAUCAGCAUGCUGAUUACAAUAAUAGCUCUCUCCAUUGCCUAUGACAAGGACAGGGUCAAGAAUCAAGGUCAGCUUGGAAAAGGAGCUUCAGAAAGCAGCAGCACAUCUCCCCCCUUCACAACCCCCUUUACAUCAAAGGAACCCUGGGACUAUUAUAGACUUCCAAAGUCCCUCAUCCCUGAAUCUUACAAUGUGACCCUGUGGCCCCAGCUGCAGCCCAACAAAGAUGGGAUUUACAUUUUUACUGGACAUUCAGAUGUGAUCUUCAAAUGUAUGAAAGAAACAGACCUGAUCAUUAUCCACGCUAACAAGCUGAACUUCACCAUGGUCCUUGGGAACCAUGCUGAACUGAGAGGCCGAGAUGAAGCCACUGUACCUGCCGUACAGAAGACUUGGCUUGUGGUGAGGACGGAGUAUCUGGUUAUUCAGCUGAACAGGAAACUAACUGUGGGAACGUCCUAUGUGCUUCACACUGAAUUUAAGGGGGAGCUGGCAGAUGACCUGCAGGGAUUCUACAGGAGUGAAUACAUAGAUGAUGGAGUAAAGAAAGUUCUUGCUACCACUCAGAUGCAAGCAACAUAUGCCAGGAAAGCCUUUCCUUGCUUUGAUGAACCAGCCAUGAAAGCUAUCUUCAAUGUCACCAUCAUUCAUGACCGAGGCACAGUGGCUCUCUCCAACAGCAAGGAAAGGGAUUAUUCAGACUCAGUCAUUGAUGGUGUUCCUGUCAGAGUUACAACUUUCGAACCCACAGAGACUAUGUCCACUUAUCUGUUAGCCUUUCUCGUCAGCGAAUUCAUUUCCAUUCAGUCAAGCCAAAAUCAUUUGUUGAUUCGAAUUUGGGCUCAAAGAAAGGCCAUAGCUGACGGGCAGGGUGAAUAUGCUCUUAAUGUGACAGGGCCCAUCCUUCAGUUCUUUGAGAAAUACUACAAUACUACUUAUCCACUCUCAAAGUCAGAUCACGUUGCACUGCCCGAUUUCAAUUCUGGAGCAAUGGAGAACUGGGGUCUGGUGAUGUAUAGAGAAACAGGCCUGCUGUAUAACCCCCUGCUGUCCUCCACUGGAAACAGAGAGAGAGCCACAACUUUGAUCUCCCAUGAACUUGCACACAUGUGGUUUGGAAACCUGGUGACUUUGCGAUGGUGGAAUGACUUAUGGCUGAAUGAGGGCUUUGCUUCAUACGUGGAGUACCUUGGUGCUGACUAUGCUGAGCCCACCUGGAACAUUAAAGACUACAUCAUUCUAUAUGAUGUGCAGAAGGCGUUUGCUGUAGAUGCUCUGGCCUCCUCUCAUCCUCUGUCCCGAAAGGAAGAGGAAGUCAAUGAGCCUGCUGAGAUCAACGAAAUGUUCAACACCAUUUCCUACAAUAAGGGCGCUGCAGUGCUGAGGAUGCUGUCAGAGUUUCUCACUGAACCUGUGUUUGCUAGUGGAAUCAGUGCUUUAUCAGUCAUCAACCGAGCACAAAUCAUAGAUGAUGCAUUCAAUCUGGCAAGAGCAAAAAUAAUCAGUACAACACUGGCUUUGAGAACUACAAAAUAUCUGUACAAAGAACGAGACUACAUCCCCUGGCAAUCAGCUCUGAAAAACCUCGGGAACUAUAUCCUCUUGUUGGAGCGCACUGAAGUCUAUGGAGCUUUACAGACAUACCUCAAGAUGCAAAUCAAACCACUCUUUGACUAUUUCAAGACAAUUACCUCAAAUUGGACCCAAGUACCCACUGGACACAGUGAUCAGUAUAAUCAGAUCAAUGCUAUCGGGAUAGCAUGUGGUGUGGGUGUGGAGGGCUGCAGGGAGCUGAUCAAGAGCUGGUACAAACAGUGGAUGGAAAACCCAAACCACAACCCGAUCCAUCCCAACUUGAAAAGCACCGUUUACUGCAACGCCAUAGCCUUUGGGGGAGUGGAAGAGUGGGAUUUUGCCUGGAGAAUGUUUCAGAAUGCCUCCCUGGCAUCUGAAGCUUCCAGACUUAGAUCAGCUAUGGCGUGCACCAAAAUUCCUUGGCUCUUGAACAGAUAUCUAGAGUACACUCUCGACCCAACUAAGGUCCGCAAGCAAGAUGCCACUUCCACCAUCCAGUAUAUUGCCGGGAAUGUUAUAGGAAUGCCACUGGCUUGGAACUUUGUCAGAGCAAGAUGGAGUUACAUCUCCCAACAAUACGGAGGAGGAUUGUUUGCUUUUCGUAAUCUCAUCAAUGGAAUCACAAUGAGAUUUUCCACAGAGUUUGAGUUGCAAGAGCUGAAGAAAUUUAAAGAAGAACACCACCAAUCUGGCUUUGGCUCAGCCACUUUGGCAAUGGAGCAAGCCAUAGAAAAGACCACAGCAAACAUAAAAUGGGUGACAGAAAACAAAGCUGAAGUGCUGAAGUGGUUAACUGACGAGACCAUAUGA